UUGAAGUCAGGGUUGUUAUAGGUGCAACUUAACUGAAAAUGUCCUCGCCUGUUUCCUCAAGUUUUACUGGAAAUAUCAACGGCAUUCAGUUCGAUCGCCAAGAUUUUUUCGGGAAAGGUGGCUCUGAUUCAGUGCAAAGUGGCACAUUUAAUGGUCAAAGAGUAGCAAUAAAAAGAAUCGAGUUGACCAAAGGCACGGAUCAAUCAUAUGGCAAAGAGUUUGAAACUCUGCAGCAGUUAGAGCAUCCGAAUGUCGUCAGACUUCUUCAAUGUGGAAAUGACAACAACUUUAGGUACUAUGCAUUCGAAUGGUGUGGCGCCUCGUUAGAUCAGCUGUUUUUGAAGGCGGAUGACACUCGAAAAUAUAAUGGGCCUAUGCCACACCAUAUUGAUAUUUCGCUUCAGUUAGCUUCAGGUCUCGAACACAUCCAUUCAAGGAAUUUAGUUCAUGGAAACAUAAAACCAGAAAAUGUUCUGAUUUCGGCGGGAUCUGCUGGCCAAGAUGAGAUAACACUCAAAUGGGCAAACUCUGGACUGACCAGAUACGCCAGUAAACGAGAAAAGAUAACAAGUCAAGUGGGAGGAAACAAUGCAUGGUUAGCCCCAGAGUUGCUGUUGCUGAAAUUGGGUGGCAACUUGCACAGAAACAAGUAUCAGGGGACCGUCAAAAGCGACAUCUUUGCACAAGGACUCAUUUUCGGUAGUCUGUUCUUGAAUGGGGAACAUCUUUACGGUACCAUGGAAAAUGAAGACGAAAUAACCGAAAACAUAACGAACGGAAAUCCCAUCAACAUGCAAAAAAUGAAUCGCAUAUUAAGGGACUGUUACGAGGAUGAGAUUUUUAAAAGAAUUUUGGAAAACGACCCCAAUAAAAGGAUGACAUCGACAGCAGUUGUUAAUCAACUAAAAACCAUCAAGGAUAAGAUUUCUGGAAAAGAAAAAGAAUUGCUUCAGUUAUGUGCUCGUGAUUCUCGAUUGGAUUUAUCAUUAAAAAUAAAAAACUUUAUUCCCUUUGGAAUCAACAUUAACGUAAAGGACAAUGAUGGAAGUAAUGCACUCCAUCUUCUGUGUCGGUACUAUUCACGUUAUGAAUUAAUUGCAGCAAUUAACCUCGUAAUCCAAAGCGGAAUCGACGUGAAUGCAAGAGAUUACAAUGGGUUGAAUGCCCUACAUUACGUGUGUCGAUACAAUUCAAGCAGAAUCAUAAUCGACGCAAUUCAGAAUUUAAUUAAACUGGGAAUCGAUCCGAAAGCGAAGACAAAAGAUGGAUCAAAUGCACUCCAUUAUUUGACUCGAUACAAUUCAAAAUCAGACUUGAAUAGCGUAAUUAAAAUCUUGGAGAAUUCUGGAGUUGAUCUGUGGGAGGAAGACGACUACGGAUGGAAUAUGUUUUACUACUUGGAUAUCAAAAAUAAGAAGAAAAUGGAAAUUUGGUUCGACCGUAAGGCUUUCUUAGGGCGAGGUGGCUUUGGUCAUGUGUUUAAAGGAAAGUAUGGAGGCCGUGAAGUCGCAGUAAAAAGAGUUGAACUACAUCUCGUCAACGAAACAGAAGAAAAAGCUUUACUAGCGUUACAUCAUCCAAACGUCGUCAAACUUCUUCACUGUGACAGUGAUGAAGACUUUAGGAUGUAUGUCUUGGAAUUAUGCGACGCCUCUUUAGAUCAGCUCUUCCUGGAGCCGAAUGACCCCAAGAAAUAUGACGGACCUAUGCCACGUUAUAUUCAAGUUUUUCUUCAGUUAGCUUUAGGGCUCGAACACAUCCAUUCGAAGAAAUUAAUCCACAGAGAUAUAAAACCGCAAAACGUGCUUAUUUCGAAGACAUCUUCUAGCCAAAGAAAUGAGGUAACAAUCAAAUGGGCUGAUUUUGGACUGUCCAAAUCCGUAGAUGAAGAAGGAUAUCACUCGUGGUCUGAAGUAAGAGGAACCAGAACUUGGUACGCCCCCGAGGUGCUGAAGAUAAGUUUAACCCCAAAAGAGGCAAAAGAGGUUAAAGGAUCAGUUAAGAGCGAUGUAUUUUCCCAAGGCCUUGUGUUCGGUUUUCUUUUCUUGAAGGGACAACAUGUCUAUGGUUUAAAUGAAAACGAAAUUCGAGACAACGUAAUUGAAAAAAAAACGAUCAACAUGAAAAAAAUUGACGGUGAAUUACUCGAAAUUUAUGAGCAUAACCUACUUCAAAAAAUGUUGGAGGAUGAACCUGGCAAAAGGAUGACAUCGACAGAAGUAGUUCAACAACUAAAAUCUAUCGAAAAAAAGCUUGCAGAAAAAGAGGAACAAUUGCGUCAGCUAUGUGCAAGUCGUCAACCUCGGUCGGAUUUAACAAGAGAAAUCCAAAACUUGAUUUGCUUUGGAAUCGACGUGAAUGCAACGAACCAAUUUGGAUUCAAUGCGUUUCAUCUUUUGUGUCAACACAAUUCCGGUCCUUACUUAAUUGAGGCAAUUAAAGUCUUGAUCGAACUCGGCAUCGACUUGAACGCAAAGAACAAAGAUGGAUGGAAUGCGCUUCAUGUUUUGUGUCGUUACAAUUCAACCCCACAAUUGAACGAGGCAAUUAAAGUCUUGAUCGAACUCGGCAUCGACUUGAACGCAAAAACCAACUCUGGAUGGAAUGCGCUUCAUGUUUUGUGUUACAACAACUCAGGCCCCCACUUAAUCGAGGCAAUUAAAGUUUUGAUCGAUUUCGGCAUCGACUUGAACGCAAAUGACAACGAUGGAUGGAGUGCGCUUCAUCGUUUGUGUUACGAAAACUCAGGCCCCCACUUAAUCGAGGCAAUUAAAGUCUUGAUCGAACUCGGCAUCGACUUGAACGCAAAGAAAAACGAUGGAUGGAAUGCGCUUCAUCUUUUGUGUCGUAACAAUUCAACCCCACAAUUAAUCGAGGCAAUUAAAGUCUUGAUUGAACUCGGCAUCGACUUGAACGCAAAGCAGAAAUAUGGAUUGAAUGCGCUUCAUCUUUUGUGUUACAACAAUUCAACCCCACACUUAAUCGAGGCAAUUAAAGUUUUGAUCGAUCUCGGCAUCGAGGGGUUGCCGACUCUUUUCCAGAGUUGCACCCGUCGGGAAAAGGUCGGGAAAACGGAAAAAAUAAGAAAUUUAAGAAAUUUUAAGAAAAAUAAGAAAAUUUUGGGAAAUCGGGAAAAAUCAGGAAAAAUCAGGAAAAAUGGGAAAAGUUGAGAAAAAUGGGAAAAAGAAGGAAAAAAUAAGAGAAAUUAGGAAAUGUUAGACUUUUCUCACAAUAUUUGGCAACUCUGCAAGGAAUUUUCUGAUCUGACCUGAUCUUUUUGACACCCCUGACCUGAUCUGACUCAUAUUCAUUGCUAUUUCAGAAAAAUGAGUGGCGUGAUACGCCCACCUAAACUCGACGUUUUUGAGUUACUUGAAAAAAAUGGACUUGUUCUGCCACCUCACAUGCUAAACCUUUUAAAAGAACUUGGAUACUUUGAUAUCCACACUUUGAUGCAAUUAGAAACUCCUGAGUCCCUUCAAGCAUAGCCCACUGAAUGUAAUAGUUCAAGCCUGAAGUCUAGAACUGUAAAAGUGACUCACCCCUCCGGCGAUGGGAGGAGCUUAUUCUCGAAUGGACACUAGCACCACCACCAAAGAUUCUUGGAACUUCAUUGAACAAUCGUUAACAAAACAAAAAACUAACAAAACAGUUA